AUGAGCGAUAUCAGUAUGGAGGAGGAGGAGGAAAUGGGGGAUUCUUCUCUUCCCGAGUCUCCUGCUCCUCCCCCAGAUAGUAGCUUGUCAAUUGCUAUAGAGAUUCCGUCGUUCGAAGGCAGCAGAGACGAUUAUCCUUUCUACGAAGCGGACAAUUCCUCAGUACAGCGUAUUGUUGCCGAGAGAGAUCGAUAUGGUGAGCAACAGUACAAAGUCCUUAGUUGGGAUGGGGAAACGCAAUGGCUUCCGUGGGAUGUCGUUAUAGGAAUGGACCUCGGAAACGAAGCUCUCACCGAAUUCGAACAGCGUCCAAGGCUCGGCUAUGAUGGCGCUGGUAAUGACGACGAUGAUUACGCCGAUGAAGGACCGAUAGCUGUCGAUUCAAGUGAUGAAGCAAUGAAUGGUCGAAAUGAUGACGAAGAAGAGGAUAGCGAUGAAGAUGUUAGGCCUCGAGAGAAACAGAAACGCGCCCGUAGAAGCACCCGGAGUUCUACUGCAGCUUCUUCUAUACCAGUGCAAGGUGGUAAUAGCCAGUCUAGACGUCUGAAAGUCAGCGCCAGACAAGCUGCACUACGCGAAAAGGUACAAAAGAAACAACAAAAACAAGCAUCUCGCUCUAGAAACAUGUCUAGCAAUAGGCCGACUAGAAGUACGCGAACUUCAGCUCGAACCGCCGGAAGGUUGAUUUCCCAGGCGAUAGCUAAGGCGGCAGUUAUUGAUGACUUUGACUCCGAUGUUUCUGAAACGUCAGAAGAUAUUAUCGUAUCUGACCUUCAGGAUACGCCGUCCCACUGGAAGAAAAAGGGACGAAACACUGCUAGGGUUCUCUCUGACUCUGAUGACGACAUAUCAGGGCGAACCAGAAAAAGGCAAUCAAAGAAGCGCGCAAGAUCUUGGAGUGAAGAAGAAGUUGAGAACCGUCGAUCAGGCCGUACUGCCCACUUCAAAGGCAGCCUCAAGGAGCGUGACGAAGAUGAUAUCGAAGCUGUCGAAGUCAAGCCCUCAGCACCUCGUGUGGUCUACCAGCAAGAGGUUUUUAAGGAGUUUAGCCAUGAUUCACAGUUCGCCCAAGUCCACACCUGGUGGUGUGACACCUGUUCCGAUCCUGCCGGUCGUCAGAAGGGGCCGUUAGUUUUGUGCCAGGGUUGCUCCAGCACCUUUCAUAAAGGGUGUAUUGGGAAUAGAGCUUCUCGCGAGCAUCUUGUUACUAAACUUUCAGACCAUCAAGACCACCAAUUCGUUCUCCAGUGCAAGAGAUGUAUCAGGAAGGCUCACAAGGCCGAAAAACGGCCACCACGCUUCGAUGUUUGUUUGGACUGCCGUGCUGUUGGACGCUCCUGCGAGCCAUUUAGGAAGAUUCCUGUAACGAAAGCUGAACGGGAAGCAACACCGGAAGUGAAUGUCCCGGGUUUCAAGAUCAAUAAUCCGGAAAACAUUCUCUUUCGAUGUUGCAAGUGCCACAGAGCGUGCCACUUCCAUCACCUCCCACACCGAGGCGGCUCCAGCACUCCGCAGGCGAGCACUGGAAUCGCAAAGAUACGACUAAACCAGUAUAACUCAGACUGGACUUGUUUAGAUUGUGUCGAAAUAGGUGAUGGGAAGAUUAAGGAUCUUGUUGCGUGGAGACCAUCUGAUGACGCCUUGAAAGAGUCGAAAGAUACGUUCGAUUCUGGUAUUCACGAAUUUGAUCAUGACGAGAUCGAAUACCUGAUCCGCUUAGCCGGCGAUGAUUUCUCAAAAGCGAAGUGGUCCUCGGGAGCCUGGGUGUAUACCAUAGCUUUCCCAGCUAUGAGAACUGCAUUCGAAAAGUACAAUCCUCCGCCAAAGUGGACUUCGGCUGAUGCAAUUCCGGAAAGUUAUUUCCGAAUUGAUAUCAUUUUUGAUGUAAAGUAUACCAGCAUCGUCCCAAACAUGACUGAGAACGUCGAAAGACAUCGCAUCAGAGAAAUAAUAGAAGUUUUCGUCAAGUUCAAGGGCCUUGGGUACGAAGAGGCAAUGUGGGUUCCACCACCAAGCGAGGAGGAAGAAGAAAGGUAUGCCGACUUCAAGCGUGCAUAUUUCGAGUACUGCAAAGGAAACCAUGUCCGUUUACCCCGUGGCGUCCUCAAGUCUAUCCAAAUGUUGCGCGAGAAGUUCCAAGAGAAUUUUAACCCGCUGGAGGUCAAAACCCAGCCCAAGUAUAUCUCCGGUGGAACACUCAAGGAUUACCAGAUUGAAGGUAUGAAUUGGUUAUACUAUAGGUGGUUUCUCGGGAAGAACGCUAUCCUCGCCGAUGAGAUGGGUCUUGGCAAAACCAUCCAGAUCAUCUCAUUCUUAGAGGUUCUCCGGCAAGAACAUAAGGUCUGGCCAUGCUUAGUCGUCGCACCCCAUUCGACAGUUCCAAAUUGGGUGAGAGAAAUCCGGACAUGGGCCCCCGGGAUGCGGGUCGUCGCCUUUUUCGGGUCGGGAGAGUCUUUAAGACUCACAAAAAAGUACGAGCUAUUCAGCAGCGCGCCUAGCGCGUCCGCUCGAGACUUGAAAUGCCACAUCGUGGUUUCCUCCUACCAGGCAAUUGCUGACCACAGCUCUGCACUGAAGUCUGUUCCCUGGCAGGUUCUAGUUGUUGAUGAGGGGCAACGCCUGAAAAGUGAUGAGACUAUCCUGUAUAAGGAACUUUCUGCAUUGAAAUUCCAGCAUAAGGUCUUGCUUACCGGCACCCCGUUGCAGAAUAAUAUCCGAGAAUUGUUCAACCUUUUACAGUUCCUUGACCCCGACAACGUCAACGCUAAAGAACUCGAGGAACAGUUUUCGGAGGUGACAAAGGAGAAUUUAAACGAACUCCACGAAAGGAUUAGGCCGUACUUCUUGAGGCGAACAAAAGCACAAGCCUUGAAAGAUCUGCCCCCAAUAUCUGAUGUCAUCGUACCCCUCACUGUCACGAAAUUGCAACAGGAGCUCUUAAAAUCGAUAUACAGCAAGGAUGCAGAGCUGCUACGGGCGAUCAUGUCGAAAACGGGCGGCCAACCGGCCAACCGCUCAAAACUGAACAACAUUGUCAUGCAACUCCGUAAGGUGCUAUGCCAUCCAUUCGUAUACGACCAAAAUGUAGAAGAAAAGCUCCAGGACCAACAAUUGUUGCAUCGCAACUUGGUGGACGCAAGCUGCAAGCUCAAAUUCCUUGAGCUCAUCUUGCCCAAACUCCACGAGAAAGGGCACCGCGUCCUCAUGUUUUCCCAAUUUCUCGGUAUGCUUGACAUCAUGGAGGACUUUCUUAACGGGUUAGGUCUCCAGACGCUACGUCUUGAUGGGUCCAAUGAUACGGCGGAGAAGCAAAAGUUGAUUGAUGCCUACAAUGCCCCUGAGUCUCCGUAUUUUGCAUUCAUCUUGUCGACGAGGGCAGGUGGUGUCGGCAUCAACUUAGCUUCCGCUGAUACGGUUAUCAUUUUGGAUCCCGAUUGGAACCCACAUCAGGACCUUCAAGCGAUCGCUCGUGCUCACCGCAUCGGUCAGAAGAAAAAAGUUUUGGUCUUCCACCUUAUGACGGCCAGGUCAUGCGAGGAGAAGAUGCUUCGCAUGGCGAAAGACAAACUUGGGUUGGAUCAUAUGGUCAUUCAACGCAUGGGUGCCGAAGGGCAAGAGGAGGAAGAGAAAGAGGUCGACGUGGCGAGUGUCCUCGCAUAUGGUGCUGAGGAUAUCGUAAAGGGUGAAGUGAAAGACAUCAUCUACACCCCAGAAAGCAUCGACAAGCUUUUGGACCGCGACCAUAUGAAGAAUACGAUCGGAGAGCAGGAGGAAAUCAAUGAAAGAGACGCACAGUUCUCGUUUGCGAGAGUAUGGGCAACGGAGGACGGCGAGCGGGCCGAAAUAGUAAACGAACCCGAGGAGGAUCGAGCGCCAGAUCUCGACCUCUGGGGCAACAUCAUCCAGCAAAGGCUGGACGACGCUGCCCGUGAAAGAGCUGCUAGGAUGGCCGAAUACGGGCGUGGACGGCGUAAGACAGUAGCCGCCAACUACGUUCUUGACGAAAAUAUUGAAGAUGAGUCGGGUAGUGAGUCGGGUAGUAAGUCGGGGGCCAAGGUCGAUGACGGUCCCGGCUCCAAGAACGCGAAGAAAAUGAAGAAAGCUACGUCAGAUGACGAUACUGACUUCUUGGAAACGGACGGCGAAACGGGAGGCGAGAGUGAUGCAGAUUCUGGAACAGAAGCCAUCCCAUUCCGCCCCGGGGAGUUAGAAGGACCAAAAGAUCGAAGCAGAAGUGCUUUGUUCGAUGGAGGGCAUCGUGUUGGCUCCCCUAGUGGAAGCGCUGGCCCGGUUUCUGAGCAAGGAAGUGGACCUAGCAGCAACUUCGAUGCAAUAUAUCCCGAGCAAAUGCACAUCCAACACCCAAUGAACAUGCCACAAAUGUAUCCACAGCAACAGAUGCACCCACCUCCACCUCUCCAACAGAUGUAUCCACUAGAUCUGGGAUACCCACCACAGCAAAUGAAUAUGCCACAGGAAACGAAUUUGCCUGGGCAGCCUCAAUUUAUUGGCGAAGUACCUCCCGGAGGAGCCUUUCACCCGCCUGGUGAUUACUUCCAGAUGGCGAUCCCUCCAGAGAUACAACCAGGGGCCAACGCCCGCAUCACGCCUGUCCUGAACAACUACCCUCGACCCGCCCUUGGAACUUUCUCGACAGCUCUUCACGGCCAAGUCCCUGGCGCCAGCCUUCAAUAUCCCACCCCCCAUCAAGCAUACCCACUCCCUCCCCCACCUCCACGUGGUGUUCCAGUCCAGUGUAAAUUGUGUACCAACACCCAUAUGCCUGGAGAAUGCCCACUGCGAAAAAUACAAGUUGAACAUUGCCAGUUGUGCGGCAUCGCCCAUUUUGGUGAAGGUCCAAUCUGCCCUCAUCUCAGUAGCGUUACUCAAGUGACGACUAUGCUCAAUACGAUUAAGGAAUCGAAUGAUCCAGCUCAACUGCAAGCUAUAGCUAAGAACUAUCUUCGUAAUAGGAAAGGUGCAGUCGUUCAGGCCCGAAAAGUUAAGAAGGCAAAGGCUGAGCGGGUAGCUGCUGAGUUGGAAGCUGCGAAGGAGUUGGCGAGGAAGGGAACUUGA